ACUCGUGGCAUUGUGCUAAAAGCCGCAGGAAAUCGUUCCAGCUAUACUCCCAGCCCUUCCUUAUGUUUCGCUUAGAAGACUGUCGGUACAUUCAUUCUCCCUUCUUUUUUUUUUUCUCUCUCUCUCUCUUUUGUUUUGUUUUGGUUUUGGGGUUUUUAUUUUCUGGGGUUUUUUUUAAACAAAAACAACCAUCGUGCUAAGACCUGCAACAACCCUUCUGGGAGGGUUUCAGCCUUGGCCGGAGCCGCCUGAGCGCCCCCGGGGCCGGGAGGCUGCCGCUGGCCCGGGCUCAGCGAGAGGCUUUCUGGGACAGCCAUUCUUGGCUCCAGCCGCUGUCCAGGCGGCUGUGUGAAGGCAGAGCCACUGCUCGGACCAGGCGGCAGCGGCAUGGCGCUCCGGGGAGCCUGCCUGCUCCUCUGCCUCCUCUCCCUCUCCCAAGUCUCCGGCCAGCAGAACGGCAAAGCCCGGCAAAAACCGGCGGCUUCCAAGAAAGAUGGUGUGAGCCUCAAAAUGAUUGAAGACCUGAAGGCCAUGAUUGACAACAUCUCUCAGGAGGUUGCUCUACUGAAGGAAAAGCAAGCACUCCAGACAGUUUGCCUGAAAGGCACCAAAAUUCACCUGAAAUGCUUUCUGGCAUUUUUGGAGACCAAGACGUACCACGAGGCCAGCGAAAACUGCAUCUCUCAGGGUGGCACACUCAGCACACCCCAGAAUGGGGAGGAGAAUGAUGCCCUCUAUGACUACAUGCGCAAGAGCAUCAGCUCAGAGGCUGAGAUCUGGCUGGGCCUCAAUGACAUGGCCGCAGAGGGCAAGUGGGUCGACAUGACGGGCAGCCCCAUCCGCUACAAGAACUGGGAGACUGAAAUCACCACCCAGCCCGACGGUGGCAAGCUGGAAAACUGUGCAGCUUUGUCGGGGACCGCCAAUGGCAAGUGGUUUGACAAGAGGUGCCGAGAGCAGCUGCCCUACAUCUGCCAGUUCAUGAUCGUGUAG